AUGAACACCCAAACCACACUGGCAGGCUUGUUGGCCGCCAAGUUUCUGCUCGCCUUGACGCCGUAUGGCGAUCAGUUACAAGAGAACCAGAUACUCACAUCACCGUUAAAUGCAUAUCCGCGCCUUCGUGAGGGCAUAUACCUAUUCGAGCACGGUAUAGAUCCAUACUCUGGAGGAACAUUCCGACAUUCUCCGCUCUUUCUCUCCCUCUUUGCGUGGUUACCCACAUGGCGAAUACUGAACGCGCUGCUGUGGACUGGCGCGGAUGCCAUCGCUGUAUGGGCUCUUGCCUCGAUUUGGGAAGCACGAUCUGGUGGAGACCGUAGUCGCACCGGCCUCAUAGGCGCAAUAUACCUCGCGAACCCUUACCUUUUCCUACCUUCUCUGGCGUCUGCAACAUCUACCUUCGACAAUGCACUUGUCCUGCUAUCCCUCAAGUACGCUGCGGAACACAACACUUCGCCCGCGCUGCUAGCUCUCGCAGCAGCUUCACAUCUAUCAUUACCCGCCAUCCUGCUGCUUCCUUCGAUUCUGCUACUUCUGGCUAGCGAUCCACACUCGCAUCUUGCAUCACCGAAACCCUUCGCAGGUGACUGGAAGCGGAUGGCACCGGCUGCCGGAGAGUUCACCGCGUACUUCGCCGUUCUGACGCUCGCGUCAAGUGUCGUGGCUGGUGGGCUCAGCUGGACACACAACUCAUGGGCCGCGAACUUCCUGUUGCCCGAUCUGACGCCCAACCCUGGGUUAUGGUGGUACUUCUUUACGGAAAUGUUCGACGACUUCAGGCCGUUCUUCCUCAUGGUGUUCUCAAUGCAUCUGCUUAUCUACGUAGCGCCCAUGUGCCUAAAGUUUCAGCACGACCCACUAUACGCGAACUUCCUCUUGAUCGGCAUCCUCGCAAUAUUCAAGCCGUACCCCACACUUUCGGACCCAGGGCUCUUCUUGAGCAUGAGCGUACUCUUUCCGGAGGUCUACCAACACAUGAGAUACCCCAUAGUCACGACGCUCCUCCAUCUGCAUGCCUUCUUGCUCAUGCCACUCUUCCACCACCUGUGGGUCAGCACCGGCACGGGGAAUGCUAACUUCUUUUACGCUAGCACCCUUGUAUUCGGUCUUGCGAAUGGCGGGGCGCUGUUGGACUUGAUCUGGGCCGGUUUGAGGAUUGCUAUCGGGGAGAUUCCGGAGGGCCACUCCGUUGCACAAGAGUAG